CCUCCUCUCCUCUCCUCCCUCGGUCGGGUUUGAGGAGAUCUCUCUUGGAGCUGGAGAGGAGAGGUUGGCCGUCUCUCUCCUCCAGCAGCCGCCGGGCUUCUCUGCCGCCUCCCGCCGCUUCAUCAUGGAUCUGUGGACUAAAACACUCGCUGGGAUUAUCGCUCAGGUCUUCCUGCUCCUCUGCAGCUCGCUCGGGACAACCGGAGAAGAGGUGUGUGACAGCGCGCUGGUGUCCAACCUGCCGCCGUCGUCCUUCAGGAGCUCCUCCCACCUGUCCAGCAGUCACGCGCCGGGCUUCGCCAAACUCAACAGGAGAGACGGAGCUGGAGGCUGGUCUCCUCUCACCUCAGACAGGUACCAGUGGCUGGAGGUCGACCUGGGCGAGCGGACCAAGAUCACCGCCGUCGCCACUCAGGGUCGCUACGGCAGCUCCGAUUGGCUGACGUCGUACCUGCUCAUGUUCAGCGACACGGGACACAACUGGAAGCAGUACAGACAGGAGGACAGUAUAGGGUCUUUUCCAGGUAACAGUAAUGCCGACAGCGUGGUUCAGUACAAGCUGCAGCAGCCGGCCGUCGCUCGCUUCCUCCGCCUCAUUCCUCUGGACUGGAACCCCAGCGGGAGGAUCGGGCUCCGGCUGGAGACCUACGGAUGUCCUUACACCUCUGAUGUGGUGAGUCUGGACGGCAGCAGCAGCAGUCUGGUGUACCGGUUGAACCCCGGGUCGAAGUGGUCGCCCAGAGACGUCGUUUCUCUGAAGUUUAAAACCCUGAGGAAUUCUGGGUCGCUGCUGCACGCAGAGGGAGACGGAGGACUCAGCCUCAGCCUGGAGCUGGAGAGGGGAAAGCUACAGCUGCUGCUCAGACGAGGUCCAUCCUCCGAGCCCCGGCGUCUCGCCUCUCUCGGCAGCCUGUUAGACGACCAGCACUGGCACCAUUUAGCGGUGGAGCGGCGCAGCUCUCACCUCAACCUCACCGUGGACAAACACACCGAGAGGGUUCAGAUCCCUGCAGAGUUCAGCCACUGGGAGAUCAGACAGCUCAGCGUGGGCGCAGUCCAGAGCCGCGACUCUCAGAAACAAGUCGUCUCCAAGGGGAACUUCCAUGGCUGCCUGGAAAAUCUGCUGUACAACGGCCUCAACCUGAUACAGCUAGUAAAACACAAAGACCACCAAGUUAAGGUCAAGGGCAAUGUGACCUUCUCUUGUGCUGAGCCAGUUUCCAUCGCCGUGACGUUCCCCGGCCCCCAGAGCUUCCUGCAGUUGCCGGGGGCGUCGGCGUCCUCCUCCUCGGGGGGCGUGUCCGUGGGGUUCCAGUUCAGGACGUGGAACAAGGCGGGGCUUCUGCUCACCUUCGGCCUGCCUCAGGAAGGGGGCGUGGUCUGGUUGUACCUGAGCGAGGCCAGGCUGCGGCUGCAGAUCCAUAAAGCCGGCAGGGCGCUGCUGGAGCUCACUGCAGGUUCUGCUCUAAAUGACGGCCAGUGGCAUUCGGUGGAGCUGAACUCCAGACGAGGUCGUCUGAGCAUCACCGUGGAUAAAGAAGAAGGAGGCGGCGCUCAAGCAAGCCCGUCGUUUCCUGUCGCCAUACAAAGUCAACUCUUCUUUGGUGGCUGUCCGGCUGAAGACGAAGGGCAGGAAUGCAGAAACCCCUUCAACGUCUUCCAGGGCUGCAUGCGUCUCCUGACUCUGGACAACCAGGACGUGGACCUGAUCAUGGUGCAGCAAAAGGAGCUGGGAACCUUCAGCAACCUGCAGAUCGACAUGUGUGGAAUCAUCGACAGGUGUUCUCCCAGUCGCUGUGAACACGGCGGCCACUGCAGUCAGUCCUGGAUCGCCUUCCACUGCAACUGCUCCGACAGCGGCUACAGCGGCGCCACCUGCCACAGCUCUGUGUACGAACAGUCCUGCGAGGCAUACAAACACAACGGCAACACGUCGGGACAUUUCUACAUCGACGUGGACGGCAGCGGACCAAUCAGACCGCAGCUGGUCUACUGCAACAUGACAGAGGAGAACACGUGGAUGGUGAUCCAGCACAACAACACCGAGGCCACCAGACUCCGACCGUCUUCGCUGGGAAACCAGCAUUCGGUUCACUUCGAUUACGCGACAGAAGAGGAGCAGCUGUCGGUGGCCAUCAGCCAAUCGGAGCACUGCGAGCAGGAGCUGUCCUACCAGUGCAGGAGGUCCCGCCUCCUCAACACUCCAGAGGGCUCUCCGUUCAGCUGGUGGCUCGGUGGUCCCGGUGCCGGUCGUGUCCAGACGUACUGGGGCGGAGCUCAGCCGGGCAGCCAGCAGUGCGCCUGCGGCCUGCAGGGCGACUGUGUGGACCCACAACACUACUGCAACUGUGACGCCGACCGCAUGGAGUGGACUGAAGACUCCGGCCUGCUCACGCACAAGGACAGCCUCCCGGUCCGGUCUCUGGUGCUGGGUGACAUCCAGCGGCCCGGGUCAGAGGCCGCCUACAGGGUGGGGCCGCUCCGUUGUCAUGGAGACAAGAGCUUCUGGAACGCCGCGUUUUUCGACAAGGAGACGUCGUACCUCCACUUCCCCACCUUCCACGGAGAGCUGAGCGCCGACAUCUCCUUCCUCUUUAAGACCACGGCCUCCUCCGGCGUGUUCCUGGAGAACCUGGGCAUCAAAGACUUCAUCCGGAUCGAACUGAGCUCCUCCACUCAGGUGGUUUUCUCCUUCGACGUGGGUAACGGCCCGCUGGAGGUUCACGUGGAGUCGAGCGUCCCGCUGAACGACAACCGCUGGCACCGAGUCCGAGCCGAGCGGAACGUCAAGGAGGCGUCGCUCCGACUGGACGAGCUUCCUGCCGCCACGCAGGAGGCUCCAGCCGACGGACACUUCCACCUGCAGCUCAACAGCCAGCUGUUCAUCGGAGGCACAGCGUCCAGGCAGAAGGGCUUCCGGGGCUGCAUUCGCUCUCUGCAGCUGAACGGCGUCACCCUGGACCUGGAGGAGCGGGCCAGGAUCACACCUGGGGUCCGACCCGGCUGUCCGGGUCACUGCAGCAGCUACGGCUCGUUCUGCCAGAACCGGGGCCGCUGUGUGGAGAGAGUCAACGGCUUCCACUGCGACUGCGGCCUGUCGGCGUACACUGGAGUCUUCUGCAACACAGAGGUGUCGGCCAGCUUCAAGUCGGACACCUCCGUCAGCUACACCUUCAAGGAGCCGUACGAGCUGAGCAGGAACAGCAGCGCUCUGCCGUCCUCCAUCUACUCGGACACGACGCUGAGAGGAGAGAACGUCUCCCUGAGCUUCAGGACCAACCAGAGUCCGGCCGUGCUGUUCUACGUCAGCUCGUACUACAGAGAGCACCUGGCCCUGCUCAUCAACAAGCACGAUAAGCUGGAGGUGAGAUACAAGCUGGACGGCGGCAGAGACGCCGAGGUGCUGAGAAGCAGAGCGAGGAGCCUCUCCGACGGACAGCUGCACACCGUCACCAUCAGGAGACUGUCGGACUCCGUGUCUCUGCAGGUCGACCAGAAUCCCAGAGAAGACUUCAACCUGACGUCUGACGGAGAAUUCAACGCCGUCAAGUCGCUGGUUCUGGGCAAAGUGCACGCGUCUGAUGAUUUGGAUCCAGACUUGGCCCGGCUGGGGUCUCUGGGUUUCACCGGCUGUCUGUCGGUGGUCAGCUUCAACUCCAUCAGCCCUCUGAAAGCCGCCCUGCUCCACCCGGACACCAGCCCCGUCAUCAUCACCGGGCCGCUGGCUCGGUCAAACUGCGGCUCCUCGGCUUCAGCCAAUCCCUACGCAGCGGAGAACACGCACCACCUGUCAGACCGGUCUGGUUCAGUGGGUUCAGGUCAACCUUUAGUCAAUGCCAUCAGGACUGACUCUGCUCUGAUUGGAGGCCUCAUAGCGGUGGUGAUCUUUGUGGUCGUGACCGGCCUGGCGAUAACGGCCAGAUUCCUCUACCGGAGAAAAGAGACGUACCGAAACCAGGAAGUGAAGGGAGUCAAUCAGGACGACAGCCCGGAUUUCCCGUUCAACAACCAGGCCGACCCUCAGAACGCCUCCAGUGAAAACCCAAAGGAGUAUUUCAUUUGAUGUCCCGAUGAACUGGAGGGUGCAGACGGGGGGGGAGGGGUGGCGUCCUGUCAGGCCUCAGGACUUCACGCUGCACUCAGAGCCUUCAGAGACUUCGCCGGCUGCAGCGGCUCCACAGCAUGUGGAGGCAAAUAAGAACAAUUCACGCAGUGUUGUCUUUCUGUUGCUUUACUAUACAUUGUGAAUAUACUGAUACAAAAACAGGCAACAGCGUUGGACUUUAUGAGAUGUUGAUAUCCUUGUUACAACUGUAAAUACCCCCCCCCAAAAAAAAAAAAAAAAAAUUUAAUUAAUGUCUUUGUAACGAUCUCUGGCUAACGUCACUUUGUCAUAUUGAAAUGUUGGAAGUAAUGGAGUGUUUUUUUCAAAAAAGGUGGAUCAGUGGGGGAGAAGUGAAGCUACGCCGUCUCGUGGGCGGGUUUCUCUUGGAGAGAGACGGGUGAUCGUAUGCACAGACAGCUGACAAGUAGAAACAGGCAGGAAGGUGUUUUAUGUUGAUCUCAGUCAGCAGGCGUUUGGUUGUGAUUAUCUGAUUUCUCCCACCUUGUUCAAAGUCGACCUUCAAAACUCAAAACAUCCUCAACUUCUGAAAACCUUCUGACCAUCGCACCUUAAAAAGUGGAAGCUUAAACCUUUAACGAGAGGGGAUUAACAUGUCGCGUAAGGAAAUAAGAUAUGAACUCGUAUAUUCAAAUUUAUCAGCUAUGCUGUAGGAGUAAACAGAUGUAAACAAAACCAGGAGACAAAAUGAGAAGGUCGUCUCCAGGCAAGUUUGUAAUUGUUCAUGCACGACAGCGAGCAUCGGCCAUGUUGCAUGUUGCCCGGAGACGACAAAGAAAUGCAAUGUUUAUAAUGCACGCAGCACAUCAGUCACGAUCAGAGCUGGGUGUUUGCUACAUCCGAUUCACAAAAGACAAGAAAAACCUCAGGAAGUCUUUUUUUUUUGCAGUUUCUGUAAAAUUCUAAUGCGAUUUUCUUCAAACUGCUUCAUGGAAACACAGCUAGCGUCUAGAAACAUCACUCCAAAUAAAUGAUAGUCAGAAAUAGUUUGUUUUCAGUGCAGCCAAACUGACUCAGGUGGAUCUGAGCGAUUUGGGUGGCAGAGGAUCUGUUCUGGCUUCUGACCGGGUGCUUUAGUUUCAGGUUUGCUGUUGAUGUUGUGAAUGUAUGGAGUUGCUUCUUGAAACCUGGUGGGUGAAGUUUACGCAAAAAAAGCCAGAUUUUUCCCACCUGGAUCAUCACUGACCUUUUCAUAAAAUAGUUUUAAGUAAUCGUACGAUGAUGCCGUAUGAAUGGUGGCAGCAGAGUCCGAGCUAGUGCUGAUGCCCUCGUUUGUUUUUGCCUUCAUGCUUCGCAUUUUGACGACGCAUGCAGCGGUGCGACUCUGUGGUGGCUGUUGUUGCCAGAUUGGAUGUUUUCCCCGCUUCAUAUUAAGGCCUGUUUACGGUGUGUGUUAGCCGGAUUUUCACCUGGAAGGCUCGAUGGAAAUCUGGCACUCUUGAACGAAAUUAAACUGCGCGAGAGAGAGAGAGAGAGAGAGCGCCGUUAACGCCAUCAGGCAGAAAUACAGAACGUUCAGUUCAUGUUUGCCCAAUAUAUGAACAAGUUUAUGAACAUUCAUUCAGGCACAACACUGCACUUUAGUUUACAAUCCAGGGUUCAAGAAGAAGCGACGGAGCGAACGUCAACAGGAAAACUGGACUAAAUGAACCUUCACGGCCGCACACAUCAGCUCUGAAGCUCACACAAAUGUUUAAACUAUUUCAAAGUUGAUUCUUGAGUAACGCAGACUCAGAGAAGUUUCCAAUCAGAAGAAGUUUCUCACUGAAACUCCACCAGAGUGACUUCUGCUCUUCAAAUCAUUCAAACUUUGAUUAAGUUGAGUGUGAAUGUUUCCUGCAGUGAAGGUUCGAGAUAUUGGCGCCAUGAUUAAGGCAGCGCAGGGAAGACUCCGGCGUUCAGUUUCCUCUUUCCGUCUUUGAUUUCUAAAUUUGGUGACUUGGGCGGGAAACCCGGUCUGAUCCUCUAACUUUGAUCGCUUCCAUCACAUGGAUGGUUCUCCACGUUCUGAUCACCGUGCUUUUUCUUUAUUCCCCCACGUAAAGAAAGUUUCCCCCUUCCCCGCUGAUUGCCGCCUGCUGGGAGCGUCGUCCCCCAGCUCUCUAAAUGUCUCUGAACAGUAAAGCUUUUAACACUGACAGCAACACACACACACACACACACACACACACACACACACACACACACACACACACACACACACACACACACACACACACACACACACUAUAACACUGCAGCUGUCUGUCACCUCGCUUGCUGCACGCAGAGACACUUAAUGUGUUUUUUUGAAAUGCUAAUCUGCUUCAGAUGGAUUAUAAUUCGCUGAAGAGCAGAGAGAUGAUCGGAAUGAGACGGGAAGAUAAUCCGAGAGGAAGUGUCAAGCAGCGACAAACGGCUCAUCGCGUAUAAAACACGUAAAGCAAAUCCCUCCAUGUGUGAAGAGCACCGCUGACAGAGGGAACAGCAGCAGCUGUUUAACAAACACAAACCACCAUCUCUCUGCAAGACCCCCAGAGCACAGAUGGGAUUUUAAUGGCUGAAGUUGUUAAAACUACAAAGAGAGUCUUUAAGCUUAAUUUCUUUGUGUAUUUUUUUUUUUUAUUUUUGUCACCCAAAAACAAGGGAACUCGUGAUGGCAGCCACAGUUUUCUGCCCAGUUUCUGACACUGCUGUUAAGUUCCUGCCGGUGCCAUUUUUAAAUUGAAGUCAGUGAGCAAAGAGCAAAGAGGAUGAGGGGCAACAGAUUCCUAUAAUGACCAAUUAUCUUGAUUUCUACCAUCGUCUGAUAAACGGUUGCUUGAUACAGACGUUUAAAAGCAGAUUAUCAGGAUCAUCAUGAGAGCUGAGUCGCAAAAAUGUGUCUCAGCUGUUCAGAUCUCAGGAGGAAAAUCUGGCAGUAAAUUCAAGUUCAUCAACAGAAUCUGAUGACACUGUUGGUUCUGUUCCUGGACCAUCAUGAUAAAUGCUGUUGCGGGAUCGUCACUGUAACGGACCAAACAUAGCGUCAUGAUUCUAAUUUAAUAUCAAAUAAACACAUUAAAUCCCAUAAAUUCAGAUCUCUAAAAGCAUGAUUCCCUGAGAUAUUAACCAAAAAAGUUCAAAAAGUGGGAUGAAAAUUCCUGGAUCCGUCCAUUUAUCUGGAUUUGCACCAGAAGUCAAGUAGUUCAGGGAAAAGAAAUUCAACCUCAGAAUGACGUUAAGAAAGCUAGACAGGUGGCAGGGUCCGCCACAUAUAAACAAAGUAAACCAGUAUGAAACUGUCGUUGUCGUCCUUUAAGGUCAGUUUGUUUCUUCAUUUUCAUGAAUGAAUAACCUGAAUAGUUUAUUCAGUCAUUCUGGGCUGAGAUCAAUAAGUUAAUGGAAAUCACAUAAGCUCUGUGAUUGGUCAGCUACAGUGAUGGUCCUGCAGCAGCAGAUACACCUUCACUGCAUGCAGACAGAAAAAUGGUGCAUCACAACAGUUUGUCUUACACACGAACACCUAAAAUCAUUUUUUGGCAUUAAAUUCCAGCAGUUUGCUGAUGGCGGUUCUGUUUAUCGUCUGGCGAAGGUUUUGUAGUGAAGCUGAACGUUUCUCAGUGUAACUAUAAUAAUGUAAUGGUUCUUAGUGUCGGUGAUAUAAAAACAGUGAUGUCAGUGAGUUUGAGUGACACGCCAUUGAAAAAAAAAAAAAAAAGAUACUCUUUUAACCAUAUUGUGUUUGGUUACAGAUAAAAUCCUGUUUGAUGAAAAUAAAAAAAA